GUUUUGGGGGAGAAGCGCAAGGGGGAACUGCGCGACGCGAAGAAGUCAAACUUCGUUCGCAAUGCAGAACGGACCGAUAAAUUGCUGCAGGAACUGCAUACACAAAAUCGCAAAAGCGUCUUAGAGGACAAACGCAUUGCGGUUGAUGACGAAGAGGGCGAGCACAAAAGGUUUCUCAAGCUGUACAAGGCCAAGCUCGGGAGCAAACUGAAUGCCUCUAAAAAGAAGGGGCAAUUCGAUCUGGACAAUUCGAGGUCCCUGCUCACGCACGGCGGCAAAGCGCUGGACGCGAUCGGCGACGACGACCUGAAACGCGAUGGCAUUGAGCUAGCAGCCCUUAGUGGCGUCAGCAAUGGUAGGAAAAAUGAAGAGGAUGACGCGGAAGUUGCCAAGCGAAUGCUAGAUGCGAACUUCUCUUCGGGUGCGAAUGCGAUGCCUCUCGGCAAACGGACCGAUGGUGGAGCACCGUUCUCAAGUGAGACCACAGGUACAUCAAAUGAGGGCGCAGAAGAAGGUGGAGAGAAAACUCGCGCUGAAAUUUACCAAGAAGUGAUGGAAAAAAGCAAGGCUGCCAAGCUAGCUGAAGCGCGAGAGCAAAUGAAACAAGAGGCACGAUUAAAGGAUUUUGACGACGGAUUUGACGACUUGAUGAAAGAGUUGAAAGUGCGCGCGCCAGCUGACAAGUAUGCGCCGGAAAACCGGGUGAGACCGGACGACUACGAUAAGUCGAUGAAACUCUUCGCGCAGGAGGACCAGCGAGCCAAGGCAGUGGAGCGUGCCAAGACCGAGGCGGAAAAAACUCUAGAUCGUGCACAACGUCUUGCUGAGCUAGAAAAAGGCAGAGUCGCGCGUAUGAAAAACGACGCUUCAUUGCUUAGUUCGGGUGGUGGUGACAACGGUAGGAGCGGAGGAGGUGG